CCGCGGUCUGGGGGUGGUUUAAACUUCAGUUUAACACGAAUCGGAGGAUUUCGUGGUCUUGGGGUAGUUUAAACUUCAGUUUAACACGAAUCGGAGGAUCCGGACCUAGCUUUGUCAAAUUGUUUACAUUUUUACAAUAUUAUGAAUGGUUUCGGUAGAAUGAUUGCAAGAUUUGCAAUUUAUUUUUGAUAAACUCGACGUUAAUGAUUAAGGAAGUAUUAACAUUGUGGACAUGCCGAGAAAAUAAAAAGUUAUUAGUUGUAGAGCAAAUCUUAAUAAAUUCAUUGUAGUUCUAUCAAAAAUAUAACCGUUUUUGAAAUUUUUGUCAUUAAAGUCCCUUGCCAACUCCUAGCAAUUUUUUCCAUUUCCUUCCAAGUUACCUUAUCGUUUAUUUUGGCUUCGAAUGUUUCUUUAUAUUUCUUCACCAUGUUGACAAAAAGCACCACUUUAUAAAAAUAACAUGAUUUUUUGGGUUUUUCUUUAAUUUGUAUUUUUAAAACUUUCUUGGGUAAUUUAACUCUAAAACAAAUCUCGGAAAAUAUUUAGUUAUAUUUCUCUUUGUUGCUUAACUGUGACCUGUAAAAUAAAUAAAUCUUGUUUAUUCUUGGUUUAAACUAAAGUUCAACCCUUAGCUUAGUUUAAUCUCCAGUUCAACUCUAGGUUAUGUUGCAGCUUAUUCUUUCGCUUCAUUGCAAUAUUUAUAUCGUGUUCUGAUGACCAUUUUUGUUUGACCAUAAUAAACUCUAUGAUCCACAAUCAAGUUGACGUUAACACUUGUUAAUUUAAUUUCCUGCCGCGCCGGUUUUCAGUGGCGUCACGGAAUCCAUAGAUGUGUGGACUCUCUUCUACCUAAACGAAUCUGUGAUUUGCAAGCUCUUUAUGUAAGGUUAUGUUGUUGAAUUUUGUUUUGAUUUGGAUUAAUUUCGUUUUAUCUUGGUAAUCUCAGUUUGUAUAAUCGAUAAAAUAUUUUUUGUGAAGUGUUACGUAAAGUUAAGUAAUAAGUAUAAAAAUGGGCAGAAGGGUAACAGUUGCGGCCUCAACUUUAAAUCAAUGGGCAUUAGAUUUCGAAGGAAAUCUCGAUCGUAUUUUACAAUCUAUUUUAGAGGCUAAAGAACUAGGAGCGACAUUUAGAACAGGACCAGAAUUAGAAAUAAGUGGAUACAGUUGUGAGGACCAUUUCUAUGAAAGUGAUACGUUUCUUCAUUCGUGGGAAGUAUUACAUGAACUUUUAAACGCACCAUUGUGCAAAGACAUUCUCAUUGAUGUCGGUAUGCCAAUAAUGCAUAAAAACGUUUCUUAUAACUGUAGAGUUAUAUUUUUAAAUAAAAAAAUUUUGCUUAUCAAGCCCAAAAAAAUUCUCUGUGAUAGUGGAAAUUAUAGAGAAAGUAGAUGGUUCGCCAGCUGGAAGAAGACCAGAUGUACGGAAGAUUUCUAUCUUCCCAGAAUGAUUACAAAUAUUACGGGUCAACGAAUUGUACCAAUUGGUGAUGCAGUAAUUUCCACAUUGGACACUUGUAUAGGUUUUGAAAUAUGUGAAGAACUAUGGUGUUCUAGUAGUUCUCACAUUCCCAUGUCUCUUGAUGGUGUUGAAAUAAUAUGUAACGGUUCUGGUAGCCACACUGAAUUGAGGAAAGGUUAUGUGAUAGCGGAUCUGGUUAAAAGCGCUACUAUGAAAUGCGGGGGUUGUUACAUUUAUAGCAAUUUGAGAGGAUGUGAUGGACAGAGAGUUUAUUUCGAGGGUGUAUCAUGCAUUUCACUCAAUGGGAAGUUAUUGAGUAGAGCGAAACAAUUCUCACUUAGCGAAGUUGAAGUUAUUGCUUCUACUAUAGACCUAGAAGAUAUUAGAUCGUAUAGGAACAAUCAAAGAUCUAAUGCUAAUUUAGCUUCUUCUAGCUCUAGUUAUCCUAGAAUAGUCGUAGAUUAUUCUCUAUCAUCGGAAUACGAUGUUAUACUUCCAAUUGCACAACCGAUUGUUUGGAAUUUUCUUCAACCGGAAGAGGAAAUUGCUCAGGGACCUGCGUGUUGGUUAUGGGAUUAUCUCAGGAGAUCUGGACAAGGUGGUUUCUUUUUGCCAUUAAGCGGUGGUGUCGAUUCUUCCAGUUCUGCCGUGAUCGUUUAUUCCAUGUGUAAUCUUAUAAUGGAAGCUAUUCAUCAAGGAGGAGAUCAAAAAGUAUUAUCAGACUUACGACGAAUAUUGGCAAGUCCUGAAUAUACCCCUGAAAAUGCGCAAGAAUUAUGCAAUAAACUAUUAGUUACUUGUUACAUGGGAAGUGAAAAUUCAUCUAAAGAAACAAAGAUAAGAGCUGAUACUUUGGCGACAUCUAUAGGAAGUUAUCAUAUGAGUAUUACAAUAGAUAGAGCCGUUUCAUCUUGCAUAGAGAUAUUUACUCAUGUAACUAACAUGAUCCCAAAGUUUUCUGUAAACGGUGGUUGCCCGAGACAAAAUCUCGCAUUGCAAAACAUCCAAGCCAGAAUUCGCAUGGUACUUUCUUAUCUGUUCGCUCAAUUGAUGCUUUGGACGAGAGGGCGACCUGGAGGACUUCUGGUUUUAGGUAGUGCUAAUGUUGACGAAUCUCUUAGAGGUUAUAUGACGAAAUACGAUUGCUCCAGUGCUGAUAUCAACCCCAUAGGUGGUAUUUCAAAAACGGAUUUGAAGCGAUUUAUGAAUUACGCCAAAAGCGAAUUCAAACUUCCGAUUUUGAAAGAAAUCAUUAAUGCCCCACCUACUGCCGAAUUGGAGCCUUUGAAACAAGGUACUAUUACUCAAACUGACGAACAAGAUAUGGGUAUGACUUACGAAGAAUUGAGCCAAUAUGGUAGAUUGAGGAAAAUCGAAAGUUGCGGACCUUAUUCUAUGUAUUGUAAAUUAAUUCACACUUGGUCUGAAAAGCAUACUCCUAAACAAGUAGCAGAGAAAGUUAAACAUUUUUUUAGGUGUUAUGCGAUAAAUAGACAUAAGAUGACAGUAAUCACACCAUCUUAUCACGCUGAAUCCUACAGCCCGGAAGAUAACAGAUUUGAUUUACGACCAUUUUUAUACAGGGCGAAUUGGUCAUGGCAGUUUCGCGCCAUCGAUAAACACGUCGAAUACACCAAUAACAUUAAGAGGGCGAACUCCUCCGAGUCUUCUAAUAGUUUAAAAUCCAAAAAAAGUAACGAUGCUUUCGGUAAAAUUCGAACCGGAGUUACUGUUUAAACAGUUAAAUUAAGUUUUAAUUUUAUCUAUCCACAGUUUUUUUCACCUAUAUUGCCUCCACGUGCCUCUAUUACAUAUUUCAUAAGACAUAUCAUGAUCUUUUAGAGCCAUAUUGUCGUCACAACAUAUCACCUGGUGAUCAGUCACCAGAUGUCAUGACUGCCACCAGUAUAACGAAAAUUACCCCAAUCACUAGGAUCUGAUAAGCAAAUUGCUUCACGGUUAUGAGUAAAGAGAUUAAAUCUCUGUGGUUCGUCAUGGCUUAAAAACGCCUGGACGGGAUGAUCUGUGCUUCAAGUCGAGAGUCUCUCUCUCUUGGGGAGCUUCUCCUACGACAGAAGUGCAAUUAUAGAGAAAAAUUCGGGGGAAGGAUUAGCAGUGAAACUUCGAUCCUACCUAAUAUGAUAAAACAAAAGAUAUAACAUCGAAAAAAGUCAAGCUUAUAUGAUGCCGAGACACCGAUGUUACCAAGUUCAUUUCCAGGAACGUUUUUGUUUCUGCAUAUGUGGCUCCAUCUUAUUUUCGUCCGGCUUCACUUUCACGUCCCUAAUAUAACAGUCAGAUCGUCCUAAUACUCAACGAACAUCUUUUACAUGUUGUCGUACGCUCAGUACCAUUGUUGCCAUUUCAAUUGUCAUGUUCGACGUAAUACAACACUUGCUGUAACUUGAUUCAUAAAACGUAGAUAAGGAAAAGAAAAAAUGUUGUGUGCGCAUCCUUUCGUUAGCGAAAGGAUUUUAGAAGGUGGCUUUGUUAACCUUAUAUUCUAACUUAGGGGAAUUACAUAAUUAGAAGAAGAUUUAAGCUUAUCCGAUGGAAUCACUUCACUGUGGAAAGACUUUAUUUUAAUUGUAAAUAAAAAUAACAAUAAACAAUAUAAUUUAAAA